AUUUACCUUUGCAUUGCGGAUAGCUUUACAAAAAAAGUCUAAAAAUGAAACAAAUCCUUGCCAACAUGUGAAAGUACAAACACAAUAAAUUGUAUAUAAUGUUCUUCUAAAUUUUAUGAAUAAUCAAAAAUUAUAAAUUACAAAAUACAAUGAAUUCCUGUGCCCAGUUCCCCACUGUACUUAUGUUAACUUUAGUGAUAAGCUACUCAACCACAUCGCACCAAGACUUUCCGGAUCUAAAUUUGCCACCUGAUCAUCUGGUGCGUUACUUCAAUGCAUUCCCUUCACUCAGAGACAAAUGCCAUGAAACCGAUACAUGUCCAUACGAUAAAAUCUUAAAAAAUGCUUCAAACAGGAACGCUUGUUGGGGUCAUGAAGCCAGUUGCAAUCCACCGAAUAACUUUCAAACGCCUCAAUGCCUCGGAGAUCACACUGGAUGGGUGCAGAAUAAACAGACUCAAUUAGACACUUUCUUUUAUCAAGCCGAUUUUGGUUAUAUAAAGCAGCAAAUCAGUGAACUGACGGUUAUGUGUGAGCCAACCUACCGGGAGGAUUCAUCCCUUGAGUGUUCCAAAUAUUUGCGCUUCUGUCGAGGUAGAAACAUUAUCAUGAAUUUCCGAGAUCUAUCGAAACGAAAUGAUCUCAUCAGGUAUAACAUGGAUGUAUUAAGUCAAGGUCAGAUCGGUGGUCAUUGCCGGUUUCACCGUAAACGUCUCAUGAACGAAACCGAACACAUGGGUGCCUUGCAAUCCUGGGCUCCGGAGCUUCGAUAUUUCGAAGAGAAAGAAUUUCGUCCUAUAACCGAUGAUGGCAAAUGUGAUAUAGUCGUAGAAAAACCCACUUACAUUAUGAAAAUCGAUGCCAAUUAUAAUAUGUACCAUCAUUUCUGUGAUUUUAUCAACCUAUACGCUUCGUUAUUUGUCAAUCAAAGCCAUCCAUUAGCGUUCCACACGGAUACACAAAUUAUCAUAUGGGAAUCAUACAAAUACGAAUCACCUUUUGCGGAAACGCUCAAGGCAUUUACUAGUAAUCCUGUCUGGAAUUUAGACAAUGUGAGGGGAAAAGUCGUGUGUUUCAAAAAUCUGGUUCUUCCGUUAUUACCAAGAAUGAUAUUCGGUUUGUACUAUAACACGCCAAUUAUUUAUGGAUGCGAAAAAAGUGGUUUGUUUCGAGCAUUUUCAGAGUUUAUAACUCAUCGCCUCCAAAUUCCAAUGCAUUCCAAAAUCAAUUCCAAGAUACGCAUAACAUUUUUGUCACGAAAAACAAAGUAUCGCCAAGUGUUAAAUGAAGAUGAACUGAUUAAAACAAUAAGCAGUAACGAAAACUAUUUUGUGAGGCGAAUAUCAUUCGAAAGAGGUAUACCAUUCUCAGAGCAAUUGCAAAUAAUUCGAAAUACGGAUAUUCUUAUUGGAAUGCAUGGAGCUGGAUUAACACAUCUGCUAUUUCUUCCCAACUGGGCCACCAUUUUUGAACUAUAUAACUGCGAAGAUCCAAAUUGUUACAAGGAUCUAGCACGUUUGCGUGGGGUUAACUACUUAACUUGGAAGGAUCAAUCAAAACUUAAAACAAAGGACGAAGAAAAUCAACAGAAGGGUGGAGCACAUGCCAAAUUUGUCAAUUAUGAAUUCGAUCCAGAGGAAUUUGCUGAACUUGUUUCCAAUGCUGCUGAACUCGUAAGCAGUCAUGAUGAAUUUAAAGUUUAUUCCGAAAAGAGCAGUAAGCAUGAUGAAUUGUAACAUUGUGGUUACAUACAAAAAGAAAACAGUACUUAAAAACCUAUCUUCUUAAAUACUUAAUAGUCUUUUACUCAGAGUCAAAAAAUACUUAAACAAUACUCAAAAUGCAAAAACAAAAAACUAAUGAAUCUCUUAGCACAAGUCAAUUAAUAAUAUAUUUUUUGUUAUUAGAUUAAAAUUAACACAAAUUUUAAAUAAUUUUUUUUAUAAUAAUCUUAUAUGAUUUAUUUUAUAAUUCUUUGUUAUAAGGUAAAGAUAUUAAUAAAAUCAUCGAACAAGUAAAAAA